AUGUCUUGGUUAUUUGGAGGAAAGACUGAACAACCUAAAAAGGAAGAAUCUUUACAGCAAACGCUCGGCUUUGAUCCUGCACAAGUGUCCGAUGUUUCAUCUAUAUUACUGGCCCCUGGUGUCCUUGAUAGUGCAAGAUUGCAUCCAUUGGCAGGAUUAGAUAAGGGAAUCGAAUACUUGGACUUAGAAGAAGAACAAUUAAACAAUGUUGAAGGUGCGCAAGGUUUAAUCCCUUCGAGAAGUUGGACUGAUGAUUUAUGUUAUGGUACUGGUGCCGUUUAUUUAUUGGGUUUGGGUAUCGGUGGAGCAUACGGGUUCCAAGAAGGUGUCAAGAAUUUACCUAAGAACGCCCCACCAAGAUUGCAAUUAAACACCAUUUUAAAUCAUAUCACGAAAAGAGGUCCUUAUUUGGGAAAUUCCGCUGGUGUCCUUGCCUUAACCUAUAAUUUGAUUGAUUCCUCGUUAGAUGGAUUCAGAGGUAAGCACGAUGACAUCAACUCCGUAGCGGCCGGUGCUUUAGCCGGAGCCAUUUUCAGAAGUAGUGCAGGCUUAAGACCAAUGGGUUACUCCACUGUCUUAAUGGCAGGUGCUGCAGGUGCAUGGUGUGGACUUAAGAGAUUGUUGGCAUAA